UGGUUGUCGCUGCCUGAUGACGUCCCCCUCUCUGUUUUUACUAUGGCGUCUCCCUCUGCUAAGUGAGAGACAAAAUGUCGUUUUUAUAGCAGUUAAGGCGGUCACAAAUCUAGCAAAACAACAUAUUUCUCAGAAUGACCAAUAGAACGUCGUAUUUCUAUGACCCUGACGUGGGUAACUUUCAUUACGGUGCUGGUCAUCCUAUGAAGCCUCACCGAUUGUCCCUGACUCACAGCCUGGUGCUGCACUAUGGACUCUAUAAGAAAAUGAUGGUGUUUAAGCCAUACAAAGCGUCCCAGCACGACAUGUGCCGUUUCCAUUCUGAAGACUACAUUGACUUCCUGCAGAAGGUCAGCCCCAACAACAUGCAGGGCUUCACCAAGAGCCUCAACACAUUCAAUGUUGGAGACGAUUGUCCGGUCUUUCCAGGUCUUUUUGAGUUCUGCUCCAGAUAUACAGGAGCCUCAUUGCAGGGCGCCACUCAACUCAAUCACAAGAUCUGUGACAUAGCUAUCAACUGGGCCGGAGGAUUGCACCAUGCCAAAAAGUUUGAGGCGUCGGGAUUUUGUUACGUCAACGACAUAGUCAUCAGUAUACUGGAGCUUCUCAAAUACCACCCUAGGGUCCUGUACAUUGACAUAGACAUCCACCACGGCGACGGCGUGCAAGAAGCUUUCUACCUUACUGAUCGUGUCAUGACCGUGUCCUUCCACAAAUAUGGAAAUUACUUUUUCCCGGGGACAGGUGACAUGUAUGAGGUUGGAGCAGAAAGUGGCCGCUACUACUGCCUCAAUGUUCCUCUUAGGGACGGCAUUGACGACCAGAGUGAGUUACACCACAGCAUAAAUACAUCUGACUGUUUUACAGUUACAUUCUUCGACUGUGUGUGUGUGUGUAUGUUAGGCUACAGGCAGCUUUUCCAGCCAGUCAUUAAGCAGGUGGUGGAUUUCUACCAGCCUACUUGCAUUGUUCUGCAGUGUGGAGCAGACUCUUUGGGCUGUGACAGGCUGGGCUGCUUUAAUCUCAGCAUACGAGGACAUGGCGAGUGUGUGGAGUUUGUGAAGAGCUUCAAGAUUCCUCUGUUGGUCCUGGGAGGAGGCGGAUACACAGUUAGGAACGUGGCUCGAUGCUGGACCUUUGAGACAUCGCUAUUAUUGGAUGAAUCGAUCAGCGACGAGCUGCCGUAUAGUGAGUACUUUGAGUACUUUGCUCCAGAUUUCACGCUGCAUCCUGAUGUCAGUACCAGGAUAGAAAACCAGAACACCCGACAGUAUCUGGAGCAGAUCCGUCAGUCAGUGUUUGAGAACUUGAAGAUGCUGAACCACGCGCCCAGUGUUCAGAUCCACGACGUCCCCUCGGACAUGCUGAGCUACGAACGCACUGAUGAGCCCGAUCCCGACGAGAGAGGCGGCGAGGAGAACUACACACGGCCAGAAGCAGCUAAUGAGUUCUACGACGGUGACAAUGACAACGAUAAAGAAAGCGAUGUGGAAAUUUGACCUGUCUGAAGGACUUGAGCAAUUUUCCUGCUUUUAAAAAAAAUAUGAGGUCACUGACAAUUAUGAUGGCCACAAACCAUCUGAACUUUUUUUUUCCCCACAAGGACUUGACUGCAUUUUUAAAUGUCUCUUUUUGUGAUCGUGUUCAUAUUUUGUUAGUGAGAGACAUUGUCACCUGGAACACUUUAUUUUUAAGGUUUGGUCGCAACCUUCGCCCCCCCCCGUAUUUUUCUGUAUGUUGAUCUGGGUCAUGCGCAAGGUGCUGUUCCAAACACAGUUUAAUGUUCAAAACUUCAGAUUUACAAUCCAAGCCUGUGACAGCAUCAAUACCGUUGUGAAGAAACAUAUUUCAUGUGCCUUUCUGUUCUCAAUGGUUUUACAUCAACUUCCAUUUGUUGCUGGAUUCUACAGAAGUGAACAUCACAGUGUAAUAUACAAAUACAGGUCACGAUAUAUAUAAGGACUGCAGGUGUGCAGCGGUCAGAUGUUUGUACACUGUGUAACUUGUUUGGCUGAUACAAUUCAGUCUACGUUUUAUUCAGAUUGUGCUUUUGAUAUUUUUUUAAAAUAAAACAUCCAAACACC